UCUCAAAGCCCUAACGGCUACUUACCCUCUCAAAAAUUAGAGUCGAAACUUCUCAAUCUCUAUGGAAUUAUCAAUCGUACUCUGCAAGAAUUCUCUCCAUUGAAAUCUUUAUAACUGAAAUUUGAAACUUCUUGGCUUCAACAACUCAAACAUCUGAGCUCUAAGCUUCUCCUGGCUUUAUUUUCUUCCUCCAAUCUCAUCGAACCCUCCAUCAACACUACUAUGGGUUUUAACCCAUCAAAAAAGGUUCGAGUUGUAGCCAAACUCAGGGGCUUAACAGAUCAGGAAGCUGAAUUAUCUAGCGGCAUUUCUUGGAUCUCGGUGAAAAAGCCCAACGGAGAGGCUUCGGACACUGUCACCAUUUAUUUCGGAGAUCAAUUAGCAAGCCGUAAAGAUUCCUACGAAUUGGACUAUUGUUAUGAGCAAAAUGAAGAUAACGAGCUAAUUUUUUCACGGGAAGUAAAACCUCUAAUUUCAGGAGUUUUUAGUGGUUGCAAUGCUACUGUGAUUGCCUAUGGAGCAAAAAACACAGGAAAGACUUCUGUGAUUCAGGGUUCUUGUGAUAAGCCUGGAUUGGCAGCACUUGCUGUGAACGAAUUUCUUUCAAUGGCAGAGUUAAAUGGUAAUUCAGUAGCUUUAUCAUUCUAUGAGGUUCAACAGGAUCGUGUUUGUGAUCUUUUGGAUUCAAAGCAGUCAGCAGUUUUUGUAUUGGAAGAUAAGCAAGGAAAAAUUCAACUCAAGGGCCUUUCUAGGAUACCCUUGAAAUCAAUUUCAGAUUUUCAAAAAUUAUAUGUUGGUUUCAGUUCGCGUAAACCAACACAAAAGAUGGCAUCUGAACUUCCUCGUAGAGGCCACAAGGGUUUGAUAGUGCAUGUAUCAUCUCCCCAUGACAAUCUAGAUACUCUUCAAACGUGCAAGAUGAAUUUUGUUGAGUUAGCUGCUUAUGAGGAUGUUCGAAAAAAGGGCAAUGAUGGCCUUAAUCUUGUUGAGCAGAGUAAGAUUAACCAAUCUAUAUAUGCUUUUUCAAAUGUUCUACAUGCAUUGAGUGCCAAUGAAAGUCAUGUACCUUAUCGUGAAAGCAAGCUAACACGAAUACUGCAAGAUUCUCUAGGAGGGGUUAACAAAGUUUUGAUGAUCACUUGUUUGAACCCCACAUUUUGCCAAGAUUCCAUAUCCAUGGUGAAGUUGGCUUCUCGCUCUUGUCAAAAGAUCAAUAGAGCUGUUGUAGACUCAACCAAGAAAGUUCAUAGCUUAACAAAAUCAGUAAUGUUUUCAUCGAAGAAAAGCCAGAUACCUAAGACUGUUUAUGCUACAACAAAGAAACAACCUAGCUCCAGAGUGCCACUCUCUGAAAAGAAAGCAAAUGGUGGUAAGUCCGUUGCUGUGAAGGGAAGGAAACUUUUUGACGAAGCAAUUCAAUUGACUCUGUCUGAUAAGGAAAAUUCAGUGUUGGAUAGUGUUACAAGUAUUGAGACCAAAGAAGAGGAAGAGGGCAAGCCUGUUGCAAAUGUCGAGGAUAUGAGCCUGUAUUUAGGAAAUGAUAAUUCAUUUCCAGCUGCUCUUGAGUGUAUAGAACCUACUUCUAUGGGGGAAAAGGCUAAUCAAUCAACCGAAUUUCAACUUGUGCAAUUGACUGCAUUAGAAAAGGGGGUUGCUGAGCAUGGUGAGGGUCAACCAGAAGACGUUAGUCACUAUGUUCAGGGCAGCACAAACACACUAUCUUUAUCACUUGUCAAAGAAGAUCAAGACGUUGAAAGAGAAAAUAAUAUUUCAAUGGUUGAUCAGGAUAAAUCACCACCUAUAAGUGCAAGAUUACGGGAACUAUCAAAUAAUCUAAAGGCAUUAUGUUCUGGAACUCCAUUUUCUGCGAAGACAAUAGAAACAAACGAUACUAUAUCUUGUGCUCUAGUCCCAUCUGAGGUUGCGGAGCCAAAAACUCCACUUAUUGAACAGAGUACAAAGGAUGUCAAAAACUUCAAUAGCCCGUGGCAAACACUUAGCGUGCACAAUUCUGAAGUGAAGAAUUCUGUUGUUCAAGAAUGUUUAAGAAUUUUAAAUACAGCUGACAAGGAGGAAUUGAAAAGAUUUAAGGGGAUUGGAGAGAAACGAUCAACAUAUAUUCUUGAACUUCGUGAAGAGUCUCCAGAGCCGUUCAAGAGUCUUGAUGACUUGAAAGAUAUUGGACUUUCAGCUAAGCAGAUCAAGGUCAUUAUGAAAGAAGAACUUGGAAAGCUUUUUGAUUAAUCAGUUGAAAAGAGAAUGUAAGAAAAGUAUGUAUUUUGCCUUUUGAUCAGUUUAUUAGAUCAACAUAAAUGUAUAUGUAUUUUGCUCUAUGUACUUAUUGUAUAAUCUGUGUUUGCAAAAUUGGUUUGAACUAAUUAUACAUUUUUUAUGUAUCUAAUGCAUUAUAUGUUCAGUU